AUGUGGUCGCUGUUUCUUUACGGCAUCCUGCCGGCCUUGGCGGUCGCACAACAAGGUGAGCCAUCCGUCCUGCGACGGCGAUGUGGCGGCGUUCCAGAGUUAUUGCCCUCGACCGUCUCCUCUGCAUCAGUCACCCUCUCCACGUUCCUUAGCUCCUCGACCUCGGGCCACAAAACGUUCCUUACCCCUUCCAUUGAAGCGUCUUCUUCGCUCUCUUCGUUUUCCUCGGACUCUUCAACGGAUUUUUCAACUUCUACAGCAAGUUCAGUUUCGGUACGAAAGACUAUCGAUCUCGAACUGAGCUCCGGUCGCUCUUCGACUACUCCAGCAUUGAGUUAUGUACCCAGCUCGACUUCAACUUCCCAAGUUACAACCAUCUUCACUGCUUCAUAUGACAGUGAAUUCGGUCUGGAAGCAUUCGCCUUGUCCACAUCAGAGCCCGUCUUUAUAGCAUCUGGAUCCAUUUCGUCUACAGCUCUUUCUUUCACAGCGGCUGGAUCUGGUUCCCCGACAAAGCCGGCGGCCACGUUGUCAUCUGAACCACGUCCAUUGGCAACAUCUACUUCGACCAGCAAUCUUGCAUUUUCUGAUUUGAUAUCCACAUCCUCUUUGUCAACAUCGCUGACGUCUGUCGUUACCCCCAUAGGUUCGACUUCGUCGACAGCAACCUCCACCGAUAGCUCACCAACGGCUUCUCCGGUGCUCGGUACCUCGUCCACAUCUUCUUCCACAAGGUCGUCUUCAGCUGUCACAGUUACGCCUGGCGGGAACAUAGCAUCGGCCAUUGCUUUUGCUCAGAGCAAUGGUGUGCCCACAGUGACUAUCAAAGCCGGCACUUAUACUGAAGCCGUUACUGUUUCUGCGACCGCGGCUGUCACUAUCAUUGGAGAGACGGUUAGCCUCAAGGCUCGUGAUAGUACUGCUCUCAGUGACUACUCGCAGAAUCUCGUCACCAUUGCAAACGACGCAGCUGCCCCUUUGACGCUGUCGUCAACUGCCAUCAAAGGUGUCACGUUUAGAAACAUUAACUUCAGUAACACCAACUCAUUGUCAGCGCUUGGCGCAGUCUCGCUCAAAGGAUCACAGCUUGCAUUUUACGGAUGCCAAUUCGUUGCCGCUGGCCAGGUUUGCAUCCAAGGUGGCAUCUCUUCGGGCUUAAUCGCAGAUUCCUACAUCGAGGCUGCCGACAAGAUCAUCUACCAAUAUCCCUCUCUGUACAUCUACAGCUCGGCAAUCACAGCCACCGCCAAGAGUGCCAACAUACUCUAUACGCAAGGAGCCAACGCUGGGACGACACUUUACAAUUCUACUGUCAUUCUCGACUCCUGCAAUGUGUCUCAGAAGAGCGGCUUAACCAACACAUUCGUUUAUCUGUUCACUGCCAACAACAAUGGUUCUGUCGCCCUCUACAGAAACACUACCCUCGGCAGCUUCGUCGCUGCCAGUGGUGCACAUGUUGACUCCAAGACUCAGUCACCCCUGAAUACCUACCUUGAGUACCUCACCACUGGUGCGGGCAGCUACUCUCAAAACGUUGCCGCUCGUUCUCCAUACGUGUCCCUCGCGAUUUCUGGUUCUCAGCUCGGACCUUACGAAAUCCCUGCGUUCUUUGCCAAUGCGAACCCGACGGUUGCCACCACUCAAACAUCAUGGAUGGACCAGGACGUCUUGGGCAGGAUCUUGGCCGGCGUCUCGGCGCAGAAUUCGAGAACUUCUUCUCAGUCUUCCAGCUCAUCGUCAUCGAGCACGUCCAGCACGUUCUCGUCCAACACGCCCUCCUCCAAUGUAGCCACGUCCAGCAUUGCCUCCGACUCGUCCUCCAGUACGGUAUCCAGCACGGUUUCCAGCACAGUUCUGAGCGGUAUUUUGUCUUCGAGCACCAGUCAAACCACUGUGUCAUCUUCCAGCAGCUCUGCCUCUGAAAGCUCCACGGCUACCUCCAGCAAUGUCGCAUCCUCGGCGAGCACAGGAGGGUGCGUCCUACCAACCUCGGUCCCCUCGACUGCUAGGGUGGUCGGUCCUGUAGGCUCCUGCGCAACGUUCAACAAUAUAUCUGCCGCCGUCGCUGCCCUGCCUUCCGACAGCACCUCUCAGUACGUCUAUAUCCUCGGCGGUACAUACAAUGAGCAGGUCACCAUCUCGCGUGUCGGACCUACCGUCUUCCGUGGCGAGACUGACGAUACCCUGUCAUACGGCUCCAACACCGUCACGAUUCAGUCAUCCUCCGGCGUUGCGUCCAAUUCGGGUGGCUCGGCCAGCACGUCGCCAUUUCAGGCCACCCAAUACUACACAAGCAAGAUGUCGUUCUACAACAUCAACUUUGUCAACACGUACGCACCACAGACCAACUAUGUCGCUGUGGCCUUUGUCGGCAAAGCCCUGAAGACGGGCUUCUAUGGAUGCAGUUUCAAGUCUAGCCAAGGCACGCUCCUCCUCAACUACGGCGCCUUUUACUUUGCCAACUCGUACAUCGAGGGCACUACUGACUUUAUCUGGGGUCAAGGCGGCGCGUACUUCUACAACUCCAAAAUCGCUACAUCCGGCGUCAUCAAUGGCCAGAACAUCGCUGCUCAGAGUUAUCAAGCAUCAUUUGGCCCGUCCAUUCAGGUAUACGACACCUGUGCGAUUGUUCCAGCUAGCAGCAGCGUCGCCAAGGGUUCUACCUACCUUGGAAGGGACUACUCAACAUCGUCGCGUGUCUAUUACAUCAACUCUUACCUUGAUGAGCACAUUGCCUCGGCAGGGUGGAGAGUGACUGGAUCAUCCGUCAACGUGACUUUUAUUGAGGCAAACAACACGGGACCGGGCGCUGCCACGAGCUCGCGCACUCCUUAUGCUCAGAUCCAGUCGGACACAACAUCAUACACGCUGGCCUCCCUCCUGGGCGAUUCCAGCUGGCUCGAUAUUUCGGCUAUUGCGCCGUUCGCCGGGUUCCCAGAAUCGGUCUACAGUGCGACUGCAGUUUCUUCGUCAUCGUCAUCCUCCUCUACCUCCUCAUCUUCCACAUCUGUCGAUACUUCAUCUUCGACCACUGCGACGUUGACUUACACUGUGGCGCCUACUCCCACUGGAUCCCAGUUUGGCAGUGUCAUGUCCGCUGUCGCUGCGAUUCCUGCCGAUGGCAAAGCCCACGAAGUCUACAUCCUUUCUGGUACCUACAUAGAGCAGAUCUGGGUCAACAGGACGGGAUUAGGCAAAGUCACACUGAGAGGUGAAACGCAGAACCCCAGCGACUACACCGGCAACCUUGUGGCCAUUCAGUUCAACUACGGGGUCUCGACGAGCGGCACUGUCUCCAACGAGAACACCCCCGUCCUAAACUGGAAGCGGACUGAUGGUUCCGGCCUUGCCCUCUACAACAUUGACUUUGUCAACACGUAUCCGCAGACACCCAGCACUGCAGCAUUGGCAGCUGACUUCUAUGGCUCCAACAUGGCCGCUUACGGAUGCUCAUUCAAGGGAUACCAGGACACGUUGCUCGCCAAUCAAGGUGUUCAAGUCUUCAGCAACUGCUAUAUUGAAGGGAGCGUCGAUUUCAUUUGGGGCUACUCAAAGGCUUACUUUCAUCAGUGCUACAUCGCGUCAAAUACCGCGGGAGCAUACAUCACGGCGCAGAAUCGACCCAACUCAGCCUGGGCUGGUGGCUACAUCUUCGACUCGUGCUAUGUGACCUACACGAGCUCGUACACCGCGGGCAAGACAUCUGUAGCUGCCACCACCUACCUUGGCCGCCCGUGGUCGCAGUACGCUGUCGUGGUGUACAUGAACUCGUAUCUUGACAAGCACAUCUCCCCCGCCGGAUGGAGUGUGUGGCAGACAAGUAAUCCCCAAACGUCAAAUGUCAUGUUCGGCGAGUAUAACAACUCAGGGCCAGGCGCUUGGGGAACAUCACGCGCCGAGUUUGCCACAAAGCUCACAGAUUCUCAGGCCACUCUUUACACCCUGGACGCAUUCAUCGGUAACACGGCUUUCAUCGAUUGGACGGCGUACAACUACUCGCCGAGCUUCUCACUAGAUUCAACGCCAACGACCACUGCUUCGGCAACGUCGUCUUCUGUUACGGCGAGUGCCACAGCCUCUGCCACCUGGGCGCACCCUACCAGUGGUACUGUUCCUCCCGUUGGUGCUGUCCUAGUCUCUGUCGAGGGCACUCAGGUCGGCUCCUUUAGCAAUUUGACCGAUGCUCUGGCCAGCUUGCCUGACGACAGCAGCACUCAGAUCAUUUUCGUGUACCCCGGCAAAUACUCCGAGCAGGUUCCCACAGUCGAACGUGCCGGUCCUGUCAUGAUUGUUGGAUACACUACCGGCAACCCCGGUCAGGCCUAUGCCGACAACACCGUCACCAUUACCCACGCUCGCGGACUCUCUGUCAGCCCUGUUCCCACGGGUCACUCCGAUGCCGAGACGGCGACCUUUGCCACCGCUGGUACCAAAAUCUCUCUGUACAAUAUCAACAUUGAGAACUCUGAGAACCUUGAUGGGUCCGUGUCAAGCUAUGUCACCCUUGCUGGCAGUAUCUACGGCCAGCAUAUUGGAUUCUAUGCUUGUUCGUUCGUCGGCUGGCAAGACACUCUGCUCACCGGAAACAAAGCUGGAUAUCAGUACUACGAAAGCUCCUAUAUAGACGGCGCCAUUGAUUUCAUCUGGGGAUACUCCAAGGCGUACUUUAAAGGAUGCACGAUCGGUGCCAAGAGAGCCGGCUCGGCCGUGACAGCUCACAGCCGGGCCUCAUUGACUGCUGUCGGAGGCUAUAUCUUCGACCAGUGCCUCUUUACCGCCGCCAAGACCGCCACCGUAGACUUGACCGCUUCAGUCUAUCUCGGGCGGCCGUACAGUGCUUAUGCCCUCGUGGUUGUCAAGAACAGUUAUCUGGAUGACAUCAUCGCCCCAUCGGGCUGGAAAGUAUGGAGUGCCUCUAACCCGCAGACCGACUACAUCACCUUUGCCGAGUACAACAACACUGGCCCUGGUAACUGGGAGAAUAACGUCGCCGCCAGGGUCGCUUGGCAGAACUGUACUCUGCUCACCAGUGACACUUAUUCAUUGGCCAGCGUUAUGGAUAGCACAGACUGGAUCGACAUGACAUACUGGGCCAGCAUCGCGACGCCGUCUCCUGCCGUAACCACUACAGAUCCAGUGACGGUUGGCACGACAGCAUACGAUGGCACAACGCCGCCAGCUGGCGCUUACAUUGUUUCCAAGACUGCCAUUGAGGGUGUCACGACUUACGAUACCAUACAGGCUGCUUUGGAUGUCCUCCCAAUUUCAAGCAAGGUCACUCCCACUGUAUUCAUCUACCCAGGUGUCUAUUCGGAACAGCUUGUUUUGAACAAGUCCGGCACGACCAUCUUUAUUGGUUACAGCCAGAGUCCGAAGGAUUAUAGCCAGAAUCAGGUCACCAUCUCGUUCAACAGUGGCAUCAGCACGCAAUCGGACGCCUCCAACUCGGACUCUGCCACCGUGUAUGCCACCGGUAAUUAUUUCCAGGCAGUCAACAUCAACUUUGCCAACACUUUUGGCACGGCCGAAGAUUACGCCUCGCUCGGUUUUGCCGUCAAGAGCAGCAAGUUUGCUGGACUUUACGGCUGCCAGGUCUAUGGCAACCAAGAUGCACUCCUCGUUAACGGCAAUUUAUUCGCAUCGAACUCUUACAUUGAGGGCAACAUUGACAUGAUCUGGGGAUCCGGCGCCGGAUACUUCUUGAAUUCGACAAUCGCACCCAACCAAGACAAAAUAGCUUUGACAGCCAACAAGAGAACAACCAACACCACGGCUGCCGGUUUCGUGUUCGACCAGUGUAGAGUAACCCCCGCAAGAGGCGCAACGUUCAGCCAGGUCUCGCUCGGUCGUCCCUGGAACGCCUUUGCCAGAGUUGCAUGGAUUGGCAGCUAUCUUGGCUCGUGUAUCGAAUCAACUGGCUGGGAUGUUUGGACCAAGAGCGACCCUCGCACAGACGGCAUCGUCUUCGGAGAGUAUGGCAACUAUGGCCCCGGAGCAUCCACAAGUGGACGCGCCGCCUUCGCCAUUGAGCUCAGCGAUGCUCAGGCUGCCGAGUUCCAAAUCGCGAACUUUUUCGCAACAACAUCUUGGAUCAACCAGACUUUUGUCUACUCCUCGCCAUUUACAGCUGCCAACUUGACUGUCCCAAGCUCCUCUGCCACCUCUUCCACGAUCUCCACGACUUCAUCCACGUCGUCUCCCCCACUGUCCACGUCUACGAUCACCACGACUAUUCCCAGUACGAUCAAGACGACCAUCUUGACUACCACUACUGGGUCGACUGUCCUCGUCACCUACACAAACACAUUGACACUAGACGUGGGCGCAACUGUUACGCCUGCACCAACGACUAAGACUGUAACUGUCAAGGCCACGUCUACCAACACGAACACAGUUACAGAGGCAAAUGCGGUCGUCACUGUUAAGACGACUACCAUCAUUGAUGUCGGAACUACCGUCACACCGGCCACAAGUACCAAGACAGUCCAAAAUACGGCUACCGAGGUUCACAGCCAGCUAGUCACCGUGACUGGCAAACCCACCACGGUCAAGUCUAGUACUACUGUUACGAGCUUCGCUACUUCGACCCCCAAGGCAUCAACAACGACCUUGAGCGAGGGAAGAGUUGUUACUGUUACCUCGACGGUCACUCCCGGCGCUGCCAAGGUGACAAGCACCACCACCGUCACGAUUAACCCGAGCGCCACGAAGACAUUGACGCUCAAAGCUACAACAUCAACUCUCGUGACCACUACCACUUCAACAAAGACAGCCAAGGCUACGACCACGCUGACUUGCAUACCCGCCGCCAAGAUGGCCAAGCGUGGUAUUGCUUUCGGCACAACCGAUGCAGCGCCAGUCUUUCCCAGGGCCACGUCUGCAGGCGCACCAGUCACUACAAUCACCGUGAUUUCAUUCUUUACCAGUGCCACAACGAAGACCGCCAGCGCUCCUGGCGUCACUUCGACCAUCAUCGUGGACACCACCAAGACGACGGGCAAGACAAGCACACUAAAGCCUGAGACAAUCGUGGAGACCACGACGGCCAUCGCAGUCAAGCCUGCCACAGUCACAGUGCCCGGCUCGACCUCUACAGUCACAGUCGUCAAUACCAAGCAGACUGGAAAGACUACGACUUUAUCUGCAAGCGUCACUACCGUUGCCAACACGGUCUUUGUGACCCGGACAUCCUCGUUGACAAGCACUCUUCCUGGACUUACCAUCACUGACGUCGAGACGGCAACCAAGAAGUCGACCAUCACGCUGGAGGCCUCGACCAUCACCGUGACCCAGAGUAGGUACACGACUGUCAAGACGAUCAUCACUUUGGCAACACCGACAUCGACAGUUUUGAAGACGACCACGUUGUCGCUGACGCCCAGCGUGACCGUGACUGUGCAAAACACGUCGACCAAGACCAAAAUCAGCACAGUCGUCGCGACGGUCACGACCACGAUGACCAAGACGAAGAACGGUGCGCCAGCAUGUACAGCGGCUUGA